AUGGAGCCGGCGCCGGGCCCUCAAGUCGUCACCACUCCAGCGGUCCGAGUGACAGCACCGCCCCCGACUUUCGGUCGAUUCCAAACGAAGAAGAAGAGAAAGCGAGCUUUGGCGCGACCGAAUGAUGCUCGAGCCGGUUUCGCACAGCGACGUCGUCGCGGUGAGCAUCGAACUGGCUUGUGGGCGGGCCGCUCCAGGUGGAGUCACCCGCUUCGGCAAGCUACAUGCGUUGAUGACUCGCUUGCGGAUCCAGAACGGGCCACACUCACUGCGGAGGAUGUCGCCGAUUGUCCCUGGCAACCCGAUGGACAACAAGUUCCAUUGGAUCCACCGGUUUGCCGCGAACAUAACCAACCGUGCAUACGGCGUGUCUCGCGGGGCUACGGCGGCCGGAUCCAACGAGCGUACUACGUUUGUGGGCAGCGUCCUCGCUGCUCGUUCUUUCUAUGGGAACACGUCCAUCGACUCCAGUGUCAAGCGGCAACCAGCUGGUUACUCGAGUCCGCCCCGCAGCCUUCAUGUGAUAUAUCGAUGCUGCGACAGUGCGAGCGCGCACCAGCCCUCUAUCAAGUCUCUGAAUCUUCCGAUUUUCGGAGUCCGGUCCCAGAGCUCAUGCCUGGACUCGAGCUGCGGAGCGAGCAGUCCGAGGCUCUGCAACACCUGCUCCGCGGCGAGUCCGUACUCUUGGGUAUACGGCCUGGAAGCCGUAGGUCCAUGAUUUACGAGCUCUACGCUGCGCUCACCAGCGGAACUGUUCUGGUGUGCGAGCCCUUUCGAUCACUUAUCCGCGAGGCACUCGAAAACUUGCCGUCCCAGUUGCCUGCCGCUGAGAUCACCAACAAUGGCUUCAAGACCGCAUGCGGCUUCCAGUCUCUAGAGGCAACGCAAAUAGGUGCGUACAAAGUGCUCUUCUGCACGCCGGAACGCCUCUGCCAGCCCCAGGUGCAGUCGUUUGUUGAGCAUCUGCAUCCGAGCGCGGUCGUGCUUGACGAAGCGCACCUGCUGCUCCCGUGGAGCGCCAUGUUCAGGCCGUCCUAUUGGCAGAUCCAACCGCUGCUGAAACAACAUCUCGCCGCCGAUACUGGAUGCGUCCUGCUCGCACAGACCGCAACGCCAACACCAGCAGUACGAGCCUGCCUUGCCACCGUCGUAUCCGGAGCAUUGGUUGAGGCGCUACCUCCAAAGAGCGACUUGGUGCCUUCGAAGCUGCACUUUAGCUUUUCGACACCCGUUGAUCGAUACCGCACGCUCGUUCGAAUGCUCAGCAAAGACGAACAGUGGACAGGUCCUGUGCUCAUCUACGUUUCGCGACAGCGCGAUGCAGAUGCACUUGCAGCCUGGCUCCAAAACCACUUGAUAGACGCCCGCAGCUAUCACGCGGGACUCAACCCCGAACAGCGCCGCAAAGUUGAAGAAGCAUUUCGCCAGCAUCAUUGUCGCGUGGUUGUUGCCACCAGCUCGUCCGCAUUGCGAACGCUCGCACCCGCCGCUUGCUGCACAGUCCACUGGAGCAUUCCGAACAGCAUCGAGGACCUUUUGCAGCAGACAAGUUGUGCUGGCAAAGACCGCUCGAGCGCCUUCAGUCACCUGUUCUACGAUGCAGCCGAUACAGAGCGUUUGCGCGCGCUCGCUCUCGCCGAGCAGGUAGAGCCGGCCCUGAUUCGCAAACUUGUACGCAGUCUCGUUGCGAGCGUCGUUGUUACCUCGGAAUCCUCUCAUCCUGGCAAUGAAGGCGCUGCGGAGCGCUUUACGCUCCUCGACCUCGCUACACUACAGAAUACCUUGGACAUUCCAGCAACGAUCCUGGAACAACUCAUCAUUCGAUUCACUGUCAUUGCCGGGGAGGCGCUUUCCACGGUAGGCGCAGCGCCGUGGAGAGCACGCCAACGCGUGCCCACAACGCUACGCAUCACAUUGCAUCAAGCUGUAUCCUGUUUGCCAGAGGAUAUUCGGAGCUUCUGCCAGGAGCUGGUGCGCCUUUCCGCAGCCGAGGCUCCGCAUCGCUUGCGCCACCCGAGCAUCUGUAACGUUCGUCUCGACGCUGUCUCACAGGCGCUCUCUAUGUCGCCCUUUGAGGUGCUCGACCGCUGCAGCCGUCUACAGUACCAAGGCAUCAUCACGAUGCAAACAAUUGGCGAAUGUCUCGUGGUAUGUCAUUCUGGUCAGCCGCCGCCGCCGCCGCUUGCCACGCAAGUCCGAGCCUGGACGGAUGCGCUGGUGGCGGAGCGCCUCGCGCACCAGCGCGCGUUCCUCGAACGUCUCGAACAGAUGGAACUUCUAGCGCGCGCCGUGCUGCAACUUGGACGAACUGAGGCUUGUUCUAGCCAGAUAGAAGCGCAUUUUCGCGAAUGGGUGGAUCACUACUUUCGCACUGGGCAGCUGCCGCCUGCCUGCGUUGCCAUCUCAUCGCCUCGUACUCCAGUGUCUGCGCAUACCGGUCUGGCCAACGACCACGCACUCUUGAUGGCCGACAUUCGCGCCCUACUGCAUUCGCUAUAUCGAAGUGGACAGGAAAUGCACGCGGAACAGGACCUAUGCACACCACCGCGCAUUCCGUGCACCGCCCUGCAGAUCACGCGUAUACUGCAGGGCAUAGGGAGUCCGGGUUUCCCGGCGACGCGCUGGAAAACCUUUCCUUUCUGGGGGAAAUAUGUGCAUGCAUCUUUUGCAUACAUCCAGGAAACCGUCGAACACGUUCUUCAGCGCCUACUCUCCCAGGAAGACGCGUUUACCCCUGCCAACCGCGCGGAAGCUGAUCCUCCGUAA